GAGAAAACGUUCAAAAGCAGUGCAGAUUAUUUCCCGUCUGAUUUUAUAUACUAACACGUAUCAUUGAAAUGUCAGUAGCCCUCUCCUGUAGUAAUAAUAACGAUAAAAAGUUUUCUGAGAAACAUUAGCCCGAAUAAUGUGAAGGUAUACUGUAAAGCUAUACUGGCCACAACAGGGAGCAGUUACAGUAUACCGGCGUAGUGUCGUACGUCGUAAUGGGCGGAGAAAGUAACAAGAAAGUUACACACCAGCUGAGGGUGAAUGCUGUCUCUGUAGUAUAGCAGGUAGCAUACUCUGGGUGCGAUACAGUUGAUUUCACAAUAGUGGAGUGUACAAGUUAAUCAGUGCUGCAAGGAGUAACGUAUUCUUUUUAUUGGGGUGUCUGCCCCUUAUCGUCCGAAAGUGAAAGCGGCAUCCGGCUGAAAUCGUUUCGCUAUAGUUUUCCCUGGUAUCGUUCUGUGAUGAAGGUGUUACUAGACACGUAUAGCACAGCUGGAUGAGAAGGAAAAGGAUCACUUGCAUGCAGAUGGAUGAAAUGAAGCUUUUUGGGUGCUUGGAGCCUUUUUUCUAGAAGACUGAAGUUCUAAUACCUAUGUUCCCUACAUGUUAUCUCAGGUGUGCUAACUGUUUUUGCUUGUAACCCUGUCUAUUGAUACGUGCCAUGGGGUUCAGCUGUGGUUUCUUUGGCCUGUCUUUCAAAUACCGAGCUAUAUUCUUCUAUGGUGUUUUCUUAACAUUGCUGCUGUGGUUCACAAUGUCUAAGUGGCUGGAUAUCACUGUUCAGAGUAUUCCAAAAUCAUUAAGACUGGCAGAGGAAGUAGACACACAGCAAUACCUCCGAGUUGAUAAUGUGAAGAGUAAAGAAGUACCACAAUGCCCUCCACUGAGCCAGAUCACAGAUUCUGGGCAGAGGCAAUGCCCUAUGCUGUCACCAUAUUUGAUUGGUACCCAGAAACUGACAUUUGAAUCUUCUCUCACACUGGAGGAUGUUGAAAGAAAAAAUCCUAAAGUAGUAAAAGGAAGGUGUCGUCCUGAAGAAUGCACACCCAUACAGCGUGUUGCCAUAUUGAUUCCAUUCCGGAAUCGGGAGAAACAUCUCCUUUAUCUUUUACAAUACUUGCACCCAUUUCUCCAAAGACAGUUGUUAGAAUAUGGAAUUUACAUAAUUAACCAGGCUGGUACUGGGCUGUUCAAUAGAGCAAAGUUGCUGAAUAUUGGUUACAUGGAAGCCCUGAAGGAUUACAGUUGGGACUGCUUUAUAUUCCAUGACGUAGACCUGAUACCAGAGAAUGACUUUAACCUUUAUCUUUGUGAUAAUGAGCCCAAACAUUUGGUUGUGGGAAGAAACUCAACAGGUUACAGGUUACGCUACAGAGGUUACUUCGGUGGUGCAACAGCCUUGACCAGAGAUCAGUUUUCAUUAGUGAAUGGAUUCUCCAAUAAAUAUUGGGGUUGGGGAGGAGAAGACGAUGACCUCAUGACAAGAGUGAGAUUGCAGAACAUGAGAGUUGUACGGCCUUCUCUGGAUAUUGCAAGAUAUACCAUGGUGUUUCACAAAAGAGACUCUGGAAAUGAAGUAAACCCCAACAGAAUGAAAACCUUGGCGAGAACAGAACAUUUGUGGAAGAAAGAUGGUCUGAACUCCUGUACAUACGAACUUCUAAAAACAGAAUUCAGUCCUUUAUAUAUAAAUAUCACUGUGAAUAUUGGCAGUCCAGAGCAUCCUUUGACAUGAAGAGUGUGACGUGGGGUGCAUCUACUUUCUUUGGGAUAUGGAAUGUAAACGGCAGACCUCUGUCACCUCUAGAAUAAACUAUGAUUACCUACAUUGGAAACAACUAGUGUUUCACAGAAGGACCACAAACGCUACUGUGUGAUCUACUUCAGAACAAUUUCAUGGAUCAACAAAGAAUUUGUGGAAGGAUUUUCAUUAUCCUUAUUUUGUUUUAUGACCUACUUCAUUUUCUGGUCCGUAAAUGCUUAAGAUUUCCAAUUGAAUUCCUGUGUUCACCAUUGCAGUAAAUGAAUAUAUAUAUAUUUUUCUGAAAGGACAGCUUAUUUGAUUGCAGUAUGGACCAAACAGAAAUGCUGGAAGUUUACAAAUGGUCUCGUGAGUCUGCUCAAGUGUCGAAACUAAUAGCAAUCCCUCCAUUUUCUCUGUUCACUUUUUUUUUUCAUCUCUCCCAUGCUGACAUGAACUACUCCAUUGCUUUAUUGCACUCAACACCUUUACCUUUGGCAGUGUUUUACACAUUUCACUACCUUCUACUUAACAAAUUUUAUUUUUAAGUGUGAGCUGAGUUGCACUUUUCCGUCUACUGUUUGUAACUCUUUUACCAGUCCUUUCCAUUUGGGGUCUUACUUUCACACAUUUUUCUAUUCAUUGUACCUGUCAAGUGAGUUGAGACUUUUCAUGUAUUUGCCCCCCCCCCCCCCCCCAAGCUGGUUCCACAUGUUGGUUCCCUUCUGUUAUAAACUUGCAACCAUUCUAAUUUCCAGUGUUUGUAUUGCUGUCAGGUUCAAGAUAGAACUAUACCCCUCUGCCCCUUAUAGCCGGUGCAUGCCCAUUUCUCUGUUUCCUUAGGACCACUUCACCUAGACAUGUAUUUUUUUAAUUGAAUUUCUCAGUGACAUGCAGUGUAUUUUCAUAAUUUUAACAGUAAAACUGAUUGUGUACUGAUAGUAUAUUACUGCCAAGUCCAUUUAUUUUUGUUCUCUGAGAGAGGAGGAGGAUGUUAUAAGAUUUUAUGUAAAUAAACACUGCAGUGCCAAUUAUAAAAAUUCAACCACAUUAUAAGAAUGCUACAUAAUGUCAGAAGUAUUUUUGCCAGCUAUUACCAGUGAUGGUGUUGCUUUCUUCCCAAGUGUGGAGUUUGUUUACUGAAACUGGCUGGUAAAUCUUGAAGUUGUUUGCCAAAUACUGUGUGGUUUCUCAUACAUGUGAAUAGAAGUAACUUGGACAGGAAUCAUUCUUUUUCUACUAAUGGAGUUCUGUUGUUGUAUAGACUUUGUUACAGGGCAGUAUCUGCGAGGCUGUUCUGUACAUGAUGGAGUGUAAUAAAAGGUAAACUAUC